AUGUACGGCGAUGUGCGCGAUCUGGGUGCGACGAAUGCGAUUCUGAUCAUCGUGCAGCUUUUCUUCGCCGGCAUCAUCAUCAUCUGCCUCGACGAGCUCCUGCAGAAGGGAUACGGCCUUGGAUCUGGAAUUUCUCUCUUCAUCGCUACGAACAUCUGUGAAAGCAUCAUCUGGAAGGCAUUCAGCCCGACGACCAUCAACGCUGGCCGUGGCGCCGAGUUCGAGGGAGCCGUGAUCGCUCUCUUCCACCUGCUCAUCACCCGGACCGACAAAGUCCGCGCGCUCAAGGAGGCCUUUUACCGGCAGAACCUGCCAAACGUCACCAACCUCCUAGCCACCGUACUCGUGUUCCUCAUCGUGAUCUACUUCCAGGGCUUCCGUGUUGUGCUCCCUGUUCGUUCUAAGAGCGCUAGGGGACAGCAGGGCUCGUACCCCAUCAAGCUCUUUUACACCUCGAACAUGCCCAUUAUUCUGCAGUCGGCUCUCGUCUCCAACCUGUAUUUUAUCUCGCAGCUGCUUUAUCGGAGGUAUGGCGGUUUCAUCCUGGUGCGCCUUCUUGGUGUGUGGGCUGAAUCGGAAUAUUCAAGUUCGGGCCAGCUCAUUCCUGUCGGCGGACUUGUCUAUUACAUGACCCCUCCAGCGAGCUUGGCGGACAUUGCAGUGCAUCCCUUCCACGCGCUCUUCUACAUUACCUUCAUGCUCUCCGCCUGUGCGCUCUUCUCCAAGACGUGGAUCGAGGUCUCAGGGUCGUCUGCGCGCGACGUGGCGAAGCAACUCAAGGAGCAACAAAUGGUGAUGCCUGGUCAUCGUGAAUCCAACCUGCAGAAGGAGCUCAACCGUUACAUCCCCACAGCCGCUGCUUUUGGUGGGAUGUGCAUCGGUGCACUGACUGUUGUUGCGGACUUCAUGGGUGCCAUUGGCUCUGGCACGGGAAUUCUCCUUGCUGUGACCAUCAUCUAUCAGUACUUCGAGAUGUUUGACAAGGAGAGGGCCUCCGAGCUUGGCCUGUUCGAGGAGCUAGGUGGCGAUAGCAUCCUCUCACGAGUCCUCUCCAUCCCCCCUCUCCUCCCAUGCUUCCUCCCUUCCCCCACACCCCAACUCCAGGUGACCUACCCCAACAUGCUCUCCUUUGAGGAGCUGGAGAGCGCAAUAGAGCCCUUCCACAUGUCCUUCUCGGUGUCCUUCCCUCCCCCUCCCCCACUCGUUCUACCAGAGACGCUGGGGCAGUUCCUGAAGGAACGCGGGUACUCCUCCAUGUUCUGCGACUGCUACCUGCUCCCAGUGUGCGCCUCUAUAUGGUCAACCGGGAUAGAUGGCGCCCGGAGCUUCAACGCCUUUUCCGUGCUCUCCUUCCUCAAGAACCACCACAUGCUGCAGCUGCUCGGGAGACCACAAUGGCUGACAGUCUCAGGCAGAUCCCAAACCUACGUGAAGAAGGUGAUGGCCGCUGUGGAAGCCAGAGGGGGUGCAUUCCGCACCAACACGGAAGUGACUGGGGUGCAGAGCUUGGGCGAGGAAGGUGUGGAAGUGCGUCUAGGGGACGGAACAUCGGAGCGCUAUGACCGGGUGGUACUGGCAGUGCAUGGCGAUACAGUGCUGCCGCUGCUGGGGGAAGGAGCCACGCAUGAGGAGCGGAGGGUAUUCUCUGCCUUCAAAUACGCCACCAGCACCAUCUUCCUGCAUCGAGACAAGUCCCUCAUGCCCACUCGAAGGGCCGCUUGGAGCGCGUGGAACUUCAGAGGAGUGGACGCAAAGGGAGGGGUGUGCGUCACAUACUGGCUCAACACGCUGCAGAAUCUAGGUGACACAGGAGAACCCAUCCUGGUGACCCUCAACCCACCGUCUGGAAUCAAAGGCACAAUCCAUCACCAGUGGGUCACCUCCCAUCCGCUCCCCACCACGGCUGCCACGGCUGCUGCCAGGCUGCUCCCCACAGUGCAAGGGAGGAGAGGAAUCUAUUUCUGCGGGGCAUAUCUUGGCUAUGGCUUCCAUGAAGAUGGGUUCAAGGCUGGUCUGACUGCAGCCAACGCUCUCCUGGGCGCCAGCAGCAGCCCAGCUCUGCAGCUGCAGCGCAACACGCCUCAGAUGCUCCUCCCGCUGCACUUUCAGGCCGCCAAGGCUGCAGUGCUCUCCUUCCUGCGCCCCUUCAUUCAUCUCGGAUCCGUGCAGCUGUUGGAGCGAGGAGGCACGGUGUACCGGUUUGGGAGACAAGGACCCAAGCUGGACUGUCAGAUGACCGUGCACUCGCCCGCCUUCUAUUGGAAGGUGGCGACACGUGCAGACCUGGGAUUGGCUGAUGCCUUUGUGGAUGGAGACAUCUCCUUCCCUCAGGGCUCCAGGGGGCUCCUCAAGUUCCUCGAGAUCGUGAUUGCCAACAGGGAUCGCAACAACCAACCCGGCCAGCGACCCUCAAAGAAGAAGGGCUGGUGGCGACCUGCCCUGCUGACAGCAGUGGUGGGAUCGGCAGCUCUGUACGCGAGACACCUGCUGCGAUUCAACAACCUCACCAACGCACGCCGCAACAUCUCCAACCAUUACGACCUGAGCAACGGCAUGUUCCAGACCUUCCUAGACGAGACCAUGACCUACUCAUGCGCCAUUUUCGAGCGACCGGAGGAGCCUCUGGUGGAUGCACAGCUGCGCAAGCUGAGGCGCCUCAUUGCCAAGGCGCGCAUAGACUCGUCGCACCACGUGCUGGAGAUUGGGUUCGGGUGGGGCAGCCUGGCUCUGGAGACGGUCAGCCUCACGGGGUGUCGCUACACGGGCAUCACACUCUCCUCGCAGCAGCUGCAGCUCGCCACUGAGAGAGUCAAGGCUGCCGGGCUGCAGGAUCGAAUCAACUUCAUGCUCUGUGACUACCGCAACCUGCCAGGCACCGGCAAAUUUGAUCGCAUCCUCUCAUGUGAGAUGCUAGAGGCGGUGGGCCACGAGUACCUGGGAGACUUCUUCCAUCACUGCGACCGCUUGCUCGCAAUGGACGGGCUGCUCGUUGUUCAGGUGAUCACCACACCAGAGAGCCGCUACGAGGAGUACCGCCUAUCCUCUGAUUUCAUCAAGGAGUACAUCUUCCCCGGCUGCUGCGUGCCCUCCCUCUCUGCUCUCACCGACGCCAUGGCCAAGAACUCCGCCUUCAGGUGA